CGCCUUCAUCUUCCUCCUAUUCCCAAUCUGCAAAAACUACAGAGUCAGUCGCACCAGCAUUCACCACCUUAGUUUCUUCCAACAAUGGCGUCUCACGAAGAGAGCUACCGAGCUGGCGAAGUCAAGGGCCGUACUGAGGAGAAGACGGCCGGAGCGAUGGGGGCCGUGAGAGACAAGGCCGAGGCGGCGAGGGACAAGACCUACGAGACGGCUCAGGGGGCCAAGGACAAGACCCAGGAGGGCAAGGACCUGUCUGGCAGCUAUGCCGGCGCAGCCAAGCAGAAGGCCUCUGAGACCACCGAGGCCGCCAAGGCCAAGGCGGCGAAGGCCGCGGAGCAAGUGAAGAGCAUGGCCCAGGGCACCACGGAAACAGUGAAGCGCACCUUCGGGAUGGCCGGCGACGACCUCGACAGGGACGACCCGACCCUGUAUAAGGACGACCCGCCCCGCCACACCUAGCUCCUCCUCCGCUGGAAGGCGGUCGGUCGAUGGGCGUCGCCCACUGCUGCGUUUGUGUGUGUGUUUUUUUUAAUGGUGAUUAUCCAGAUGCGGACUUGUUUUUAUGGGUCCUCUGUGCUUCCUCUGUGUCUUUUUUU